GAAGGAAUCACAUGGAGAAUUCGAUCGCCGCCACCGCAAGGUCGUGCCGCAACAAGUUUUGGUUUGUAUUCUUUUCUGUCAUGUUCUUGUUUUGGUACCUAUUGAUCUACGGUCUGGAUUGGUUUUCUUUUCCGGGAACCUCAUUUUUGUUCAAGCAAUCAUCCAUUCCAUUUGCUCUGGAUCCAAAUGUGACUAACCCGAAAGAUUCGGAGUUGAUGAAAGCAAUAAUCACAAAACAGGAUGAUGAUUCUGUAAUGCAGGAUUCAUGUUCGGGGAGAUAUAUUUAUGUGUACGAUUUGCCCAGUAGAUUCAAUGAUGAUCUGAUUAAAGAAUGCAAAUUGUUGAAUAACUGGGUGGAUAUGUGUGAUUAUUUGGUUAAUAUGGGGUUUGGUCAUGAUCUUGGGAACCCCCAUAGGAUUUUCCAAGAGAAAGGAUGGUUCUCCACGAACCAAUUCUCGCUAGAGCCGAUAUUCCACGUCCGAAUCAAACGUUAUGAGUGUUUAACUAACGAUCCCGCGGUAGCGGCUGCCAUCUUCGUCCCGUACUAUGCGGGUCUCGACGUCGGCCGCUAUUUGUGGGACGGUUUCAACACUUCGGUCCGUGAUUCGGGCGCUCGGGCUCUAGCGAAAUGGCUCAGGGGAAGGCCCGAGUGGAAUGCCAUGGGCGGGAAGGACCACUUCAUGGUUGCGGGGCGGAUAACGUGGGACUUCCGGCGGUUAGACGACGACGAUUCCUCUUGGGGGAACAAGUUAAUGUUGCUGCCGGAGUUUCAGAACAUGUCCGUGUUGACCAUCGAGUCAAGUCCUUGGAGCAAGAACGACUUCGCCAUCCCCUACCCGUCGUACUUCCACCCCUCCACUGACGACCAGGUUUUCCGGUGGCAGAACAGGAUGCGCCGUCUACGGAGGCGCACUCUGUUUUCAUUCGCCGGCGCCCCGAGACCAAACAUGGAAGAAUCUAUCCGGGGUCAAAUCAUCCGGCAGUGUCUCCGGUCAACGAAAGGGAGGUGCAAGCUCUUGGAAUGCCGGCCGGAAACCAAGAAAUGUGACAAUCCAUAUCAUCUCAUGAAGAUGUUUCAGAACUCUGUUUUCUGCUUAGAACCUCCGGGGGAUUCGUUCACGAGAAGGUCAACGUUUGACUCGAUUCUGGCUGGCUGUAUACCGGUGUUCUUUACUCCGGCGUCGGCUUACGUGCAGUAUAUAUGGCACUUGCCGAGAAACCACACCGGAUACUCUGUUCUGAUACCGGAAAAUGAUGUCAGAGAGAAUAAGGUGAGCAUUGAGAGGAUUCUUUCUGGGAUUCCGAAAUCUCGGGUUGCGGAAAUGAGAGAAGAGGUGAUUCGGCUUAUUCCCAGAGUUGUUUAUGCGGAUCCAGGGGGGAGAUUGGAGAGGUUUAAAGAUGCGUUUGAUUUGACGGUGGAAGGGGUGAUAGAGAGAGUGGGAAAGCUGAGGAAGGAGAUGAAAGAGAUGAAGAAGGAAUCAGGUUUUGAUUUUGAGGAAGAGAAUAGUUGGAAGUAUUAUACGUUUGGGACAUUAGAGAAGCAUGAAUGGGAUCACUUUUUUAGAAGAUCUUUGAAAUAGUGGGAUAUUUUAUGGGGUUUUCCUUAUGUAGAAAUCGUUUACUUGUCUUGUACACGAUGUUAUUUUGUACACAUAUUUUAAAACUAUAAUAUUAUAU